CAUGUGACAAGGGAAAGUCAAAACAGGAACAAAAUGGCUGCAACGGGCGACGACGCCGCAGCCAUGGACAGCAUCUCCAGGGCACCAGCGGCUCAUUUAGCGGCUCUGAACGCGGCUGCGAGCUCCAGCAGUCGCACAGUAGGCCCGGAGAAUGUGGCGGAAAGCCCGGUGGUUGUUCCCAAAAAGCCCAGUACAAACAGUGAUGGUGGUGUGGAGACGGCAGAGGAGGCUUUGGAGCCUGCAGAGCCCGAUAUCAAUGAGCUGUGCACUGAUAUGUUUGAAAAGAUGGCCAUCUUCCUGCAGGGAGAACUAACUGGAACUUGUGAGGAUUACCGUCUGUUGGAGAACAUGAACAAGCUUACCAGUCUGAAGUACAUGGAAAUGAAGGACAUCAGCAUCAACAUCAGCCGUAACCUGCAGGACCUCAACAACAAAUAUGCUAGCUUACAGCCCUACUUGGACCAGAUAAAUCAGAUUGAGGAGCAAGUGUCUUCACUUGAACAAGCUGCUUACAAACUGGACGCAUACUCCAAGAAACUGGAGGCCAGAUUCAAAAAACUUGAGAAACGAUGAGGGUGGGAGAAAAAAAGAGACUCAAAAAUGAUGGUGCCUUCUCACCUUCUGUAACCCUGCGUCACCGCCUUCUCUCCCUGCUAGUGGAGCCGAGAGCUGCGGGGAGGAUGUGAACUAAGACUGAAACAACAAACAGUCCGAGCCACUUUGACCCAUAGAAAGGACCCGGGAGGAAGCAGCUGAAGGCACAAGAAUUAGUACUGCAGUGCUUGGCUUAGAUUUAACUCCAGUAUUCCUGAUUUUGGCAGCAAUUGUGCAGCCAAGAUGAACGAGCGUGUGUGUACCCACAUUCUUUUGCAGAUACACUUUAUGUUGAAAAAUAUCAGCCUAAAUUACUAUCCCAUCUUGAUUGAGUGGUGGAAUCAGAAUAUACAAAUUUACUACUAGACACAAAGAAACAUAACAGAUUGGUAUUGAGACUUGUGACUGGAUAUAACAAUACUUUUGUCAUAUGUAGAUAUUCACAUAAUGAAGCAUGCUCAUAUAUGUGUUUUUAAUCCAGCCAGUUCCAGCCUUCUUAGUCUGAGCAUUUCAGGCACCCAACCUCUUGACGGAUACGAUUCCGACUUAGUAGCCUGCCAUGUACAUUGGGAUUCUUUUGUUUUUACACAUUUAGUUUUCUGGGCAGUGUAAAUGGUAGAACAAACUGGUUAACUUGUAUGGAGUGUGCUAUAAAAAAAUGGUUACGGUGUAGAGAGCAGCUGGUAAUCACACACUCUGUAGAGCAAGUUAAAAGUUUGCAGUGUAAAAUGAAAAAUUUGAUAUGGGUGAAUUAUAUUGUGUAAUGAAAGAUAUUUGAUAUGGGUGAAUUAUUGUAUUAUGUCUAUGUGGAAAUGUUUCCACUAAAAACUGGAGUUUCUAAAACAAAUAAACCAUGAUGUGCAUAUUA